CCCGGGGCGGCGCGCACACACGUAGGCACCCGCCGCGCGGACCCCGGCCCCGCGCGCUGCUCCUGCCGCCCGGGGCAGCCCCUGGUGCGGGCCGAGCCCGGCCGCCGGCGGCCCCACGUUCCCGGCGGGGCGCGAUGAUCGCCGGGGCUCCAAAGCUGGGGUUGUCCCCCCUCCCCUCCUCUCCCCUCCCCUCGUAGCUCGCAGGAAAUGAUGGCAAACCACGGGCUGAAAUGAGUCCUCCGGAAAAGCCCCUCGGAGAGCAGGCGAGCGCGCAGCGGGCCAGGCGCAGCGAGGAGGCGAUCGCCCGUCCGCAGCCGGAGAUCCCGUUCGCCCGGGAAAUUGCCUAGGAGCCAGGCGGCGACCCGCGGCGCCGGCCCCAUGAUGCCGGACGAAGCCACCGAGCAGGCCCACUCCGCCUCCGCCCGCGUGUCGUCUUUUUUCAUCGAGAAUCUGCUGGGGAGCGCGGGGAAGGAGAGCCGGGGGCAGAGGAAGCGGGGCAGCGCCGAGGACGGCCACAAAGAGCCGCGCUCGCUGGGCGGAAUAGCCGGCAGCCAUUGCGCUCCGCUCUGCUGUCAGGUCUCUGCCUUCGGGUUCAGCCCGCGCCGCUGCCCGCUCCGCGAGAGCCCCACGGAGUGGUACCGCCGCGCGCACGCCGGCCUCCUGGCCUGCCCCAGCCCCGACACCAGCGACCGGGACUCCCCGGAGAUCGCGGAGGAGGCGGCGGCGGAGCGGCCGGGGCCCUGCGAGACGCUGGCGGAGGAGUCGGGUGCUGAGGCGAGGGCGGAGGAGCUGGCGUGCGGCAGCGGCGGCCGCGAGGAGGACGACCGGGCGGAGGAGCCGGACUCGGCGGAGCAGAGGGCCGCGGGCCGCAAGAAGAAGACGCGCACGGUGUUCAGCCGCAGCCAGGUCUUCCAGCUCGAGUCCACCUUCGACAUGAAGCGCUACCUGAGCAGCGCCGAGCGCGCCGGCCUGGCCGCCUCGCUGCAGCUCACCGAGACGCAGGUGAAGAUCUGGUUCCAGAACCGGCGCAACAAGUGGAAGCGGCAGCUGGCCGCAGACCUGGAGGCCGCCAGCGUGUCCCACUCCGCCCAAAGGAUAGUGCGGGUGCCCAUUCUGUACCACGAGAACUCGCCGGCCGGGGCCCUCGGCUUCCCCCUGCCCCACGUGUCCCCGCCGCUGGUGGGCUUUUCUAACGCUGUCACCUACCCCCUGGCCACCUUCCCCGCCGCCUCGGUCCCUUUCCUGCGAUCGCAGAUGACCGGGCUCGUGUGAGGCCCCGGCCGCGGCCGCGGCCCUUCCUCUCCGCCUGCGGACUGCGGCUCCCCCCGCCCCGCUCCUUCAUGUCCUGCUUCCCAGUCGUUGAAUCCGUGCAAUAAACGUGCCGGGGGCCGAGCACCCAAAGAAGCGCAGCCCCUGGCCCCGUGUAGCCAGACACUCCCGCCCCGCGGCCGCCGGCGCGGCGCGGCGCAGCGCAGCAGGACCGGGCUGCCCGUCGGACUGGGGCUCUCGGAGCGCGCGGGGCAGCCGGCGGGGAGCGCGCCGGGAAGGGCCCGAGCACUGCCGGAGCUUGGCUUCCCACGGACCCGCGAGGCUGAGAGCACCAGUCGAAGGGGGAGGGAGGGAGGGAGGGAGAAGUGCUGGGAAAGCCACGGACUGGGCCCUCCUGCACCAGCAGGCCGGGGCGCCGAGCCGGACUCUUCCUCUUCCUCCGCCUUUCCAAGCCCUUCGUUUCUAACGUUGCUCCAUGCAAAGCAGACGCAUUUCCGGGCGGUCCCCACCUCCAGCAAUGUCUCCACAGUCUUGCUAUUGGCUGCUUAAGACGUAAAUACCUUUUUUAUUUUUCAUAUUUUGUCUUCUAUUAAAUAUAUAAAGCAUGAGAGGAAAUACCUGCUGGUUAGUUUUUUUUUAAGGUGCAUGUUUUUGGGGUUGUUUUUUUGUUAACAUCUUUUCUAGAAAGUUUUUCACACUAAUUAACCCAAUACUUUCUAGCAGGGGUGAGAGGAGGUUUGGUCCCGUGUUUUCCCCAUUUAGAGCUACCAGUUAAAAACCGCAGGGAAAAUAUCCCGCAGUUGACACCUGAUGACAAGCCAAGUGUCUGUUUGCCACUUAUUUCGGCCUCGCGACAAACCUGAAGAGAACAGCACAGCUUUGCUGUUUCGUGUAGGAGCGGAGAUUCUCACCAGUUUGCCUAAUAGGGGAAUUGUUCACACUGGCAACGUAAAAUAUAUAUAUAUCAGAUGACUACAGACUGGGAAAUGGUAUCAUUAGGUACCCGAGCUAAACCGUAACGUGAUAUUAUAUUAUGUAUUAUGCAUGCCUAAACUACUUUCCUUUCAUAACGGGUUUGUUUAUUUUUCUCUCUACCUGCUCCUAAAAUUAAUGGCGGGUCAAUUAUUAUUCCUCAAGUUCAGGCUUCCUGGUGCUCCGACUUUAAAAAGGGGGAAAAAAAGACCCUUCAAAACUCUAUUUUGGGGUCAGGUCAACUUUGAUCCUAUGUGUUCCGGUAUAAUUAAAUGACAUUUAAAUUACCAGCUCGGAGUACUAUGUGGCUGGUUAAGGGAGCUCAGGUCAUGGAUCAGCUUUAGGGUACAGGUGUGUCGACAAAUCUCCAGAGGGGAAAAAAAAAUCGAGUUUUGUAUUCAUUUCUAUGGCUUUAAAUUAUAUUUGCAACAGGCUAGUUCUUUUGUACACGAGAGCAAACAGCGAGUUGUAACUGAGCUUCAAAUAAUGAUAUGAAGCCUGAGAAGAAUGUUUUGUCAUGGGUAGAACUUCACCAGAUCUUUUUCUCUUUGGCCUGAAACACAAGCCCGUGCAUCCUCCCCCUCUCCCCGAACGAAUUAAUGAUACAGCAUGAAAAUUAAGCCAUAAAAGAAACUAUCUGAGUUCUAAAAAAACGUGAACUUUUCCACUAGUUCUUUCUGAUGAGAGUUUAGACGAAUACUUAUCGAAGCUUCCGAAAUCCCCACUCUCGCCGUGCAAGUUCUUCUCCAGGUUUUAUAUUACUCCCUCUCUUUCGAUUUUUUUUUUUUUAUAUCCUUUGAACACUGUUGUGUGAAAAUCUACCCCCAGAGCUGUACGAAUGCUUCUUAAAUAUUAUGAUCUCUCGCAGGAAAGUGUAACAGGAAUUUAAAGCGAUGAGGUUUUGGAUUACAGCUUUCCUCGAUACAGAUAAGAAACAGCUGUGAUGAAAUCUAUCGGAAAUUAGGUUAGAUAUUUGAUGUGUAAAUGGCAUUGUUUUGGGAAAUAUUAUUUAUUACUUAUGCAACAUUUGCUUUCCUUACGCUGCAAUAUUUGAUCUGAUUAUGUUCAAGGCAUAAUUAUAUAUGGAAGAAGACAGCCAGAUUAUUUGCCCCAUCACAUACGAUUUCACAAAUUGCCCAGUGUUUCUGACCAGAGGAAAUUGUACUUUGCAACAAUCAUAUCAAAGUGGAUUGUAAACCAGUGCUAGGCACCUGCCGCUCGCCACAUGCCUUUUCUUUGGCCUAACAUAUGAAAUCCUAAUACAUCCGAUACUCCUAGAUAGUCUUUUCUUUAAGGUAAGGAACUGGCAGGCCUAAAUGAUCAAUCAGAUUUUUACGAUGUGUUUUAGCAUUAGUUUGUUUGUUUUUUAAAGACAUGCUGAUUAUAUCAAUAAACAGAUUUUUUUUUA